UUCAUAUAACCGAGAGAGUUAUAAAAGGUGCAGUGUUAAUUUUCGAAGUCGAAGGCUUAGUUUGUAAUAACAUAAAACUGGUGGGUUUGAAGUUAGAAAUAAAUUAUUGUUUACUCUUCUUGAGAAGCGUUUUGACCAUUGACCUUUGACCUUUGACCUUUGACAUUGGUUCGGCGAGGCAUAUCGUCGAACACCUCAUCUGUAACUGAUUCCUCAGUCCAAUCUCUUCCCUUUCACUUCACUCGAUUCAGACAUCCUCCGUUAUACCAUUCGACAAUGUUUCGGAGUCUCACCGGACUCUUCAAACUCCCUCCUCGUAACCAUCCCCUCAUACACUUUCGUCUCUUUUCAUCUUCCGUAACCACUCCAUAUCUAUUACUCGGCACUACGUUAAAGACCAAUCAUCCGGACGGUAGUGACGUCAGAGAUGUCCUCUUGUUUGAUCCGACAAAAGAAGAGAUGCUCACAGUUCCCGACAUAACGUUCCCCGAAGAUCUCGCUGGUUCGAGACAGAUAGGAAGCGCACGUGGAUGGGGAAUAUUCUCUAACGACAAUGACCGUACCCUAUGUAUCAGCGACAUUUACACUUCCUUGGGUCCCAAGUCAACCCUCUCAACGAUCCCUCUGCCUUCGCUCGUCGCAGUGCACUCUAACCAAACAAACGCCGUCUGGAACGUGGCGAUGUCGUCUUCUCCUAGCGAGCAAGACUGUGUCGUGGCCGUAAAGCUGUUGGAUAGGCAGCUUAGUCUGUGUAGACCGCACAGUGACAUGCGUUGGACUAACGUCGGGGAGAUUCUUGCUGAGAAUAACUUGCAGAAGCUGGAGAACUCGAGUCUGAUGUAUUCCAGGAGAGAGCGUAGAUUCUACCUGCCUGGUCCCGGAGGCAAUUCGUUGUACUCGUGGGAUCUUCAUUUGAAGAAGAACAGACUCCCUAGCUUCCAUGAGUUGUUGUUCAGAGACCUUCCUGAGUUGGAUGAUUCCGAGUGGAAGCUUUUGGGUUGGUGUUGCAGGACGGAACACCUGGUUGAGUUAGCCUCCACUGACGAACGUUUUCUUGUCAAAUGGUACGCACAGCGCUUCUUCUCGUCGAGUCAUGAAGGAAGUAACUACACGACGAGGAGGUUCAUGGUGUUUAGAGAGAAUAAGAUGACGGAAGGAAGAUACAUGCAUUACACCGAGGACAUUGGAGAUGUGUGCAUAUUUAUUUCAAUGAGCGAGGCUUUCUGCGUCGAGGCUAGUUCUUGUUCCGGUCUGAAGCCUAACUCCAUAUACUUUAUAGGUCAUGGGUUUGGUAUUUACAAUAUAGCUGAUACAACAAUACAUCAUUUUCAAGCUCCUGAAGGUGCACCGACUUCUUUCAAAGACCCUUACUGGCUUCCUCCAUCUCGUAUAUAGUGAUCAGGCCCAUACCACCAUUGGUGUCCAAAUACAAGCCAAGGGGUUAUAUCUAUGAUCCCCACAUGUGUAUCUCUGAGAUUCAAUAUUAAGCUUAUAUUUUUUUUCUUUUUAGUAAUGAAAAAGGAGCAUAAUAAUGUAUGAUGAGUUGGGUGUGCAUAUUGUCUACUUUUGUUGUCGUCUCAACGAAUUCGUGCAAUCAAAUACAUAAAUCUGUA